CAGUUUACGGCAUAUGGAUCUCUUGGGAGAGAUGUUGAACGAAGAAGAAGAGGAGGAUAAGCUGCCAGCAUGGCGUUUACACUGUAUUCUCUCAUUCAGACCGCUAUUCUCUGCACCAAUGCAGUCGCUGUACUGCAUGAGGAACGAUUUCUCAGCAAGAUCGGCUGGGGUGUGGACCAGGGAGUCGGAGGUUUUGGGGAUGAUCCAGGGAUCAAGGCUCAGAUCCUCCAUCUCAUCCGCUCAGUCCGGACUGUAAUGAGAGUGCCUUUAAUAGUAGUGAACUCAGUCUGCAUAGUCCUUUUGUUGUUGUUCGGUUAACACUGAGCACCAGGAUGAUGCCAGAAGACCAAGCAUAUGCCAAGGAAGAGACCCCCCCCCCUUGCCCGCCUGUCAGCAGCUUGACAACAAAAUGACAAAAUAUAAAAUACCAUUCUAUAGUUAUGUUUUGCAUAUUUCAUCACAACAUCAGUGAUUUUGUGAUGAAAUGUGUUUUAUUUGAGUGUUACCAAGUGAUGUGAGCAGUAGGGCUGGUACCAGCUUAAUUUCUCAUCACAGUGUAAUUUAACAUCAUGGACAACAUCUAGUCAUCGGUGUACUGCUUUUACCGAUAUGUUUAUAUUUUUGACAUGUGGUCCAGCCCUGGCAACUAACUUGCAAUUGAAAGUGAAAAGGUUAGCUAAUGAUUUGAGCAGUUGCUCGUAGAUGAUGAUGAUGUUUGUAAAUAAUACUGGUGGCUGUUACUAAAAUUCUUAACUCUACUCUUUAGACAGGCUCAUGAUUUGUCAACUCUUUAUCCUUCAAAUGGGCCUGUAGACAUGUUGCUGGACAUGCGACUUCAUGGACUCUUGAUUUAUUUGUGAUGGCAAAGUGUAAAAGCUUUCAGUUUUUAUUGCAUAUGAAAAAAUUGGUUAGAUAUGUGUAAUGUACAUUUUUAGCAAUAUUGCCAAACACAAGUCUGAACAUGUUCUUUUGUACUGUUUACAUUUCAAUACCCCCUAUCAAUGUCACACAAGUCAUUGAGGCGGUAUGUUAUUUUGAAAUAAAUGUAGGGAGUUCAAUUUAUUGAAAUUCUUUUGAUUGUCUAUGCUUCUACAUUUGAGUGGCAGCAGAUGAAUAAAGAACAUCUGGAUAAGAGUUUCUGCUGUUCACCACUGAAAUUCUCCUCUAAAUCCACUUUGACAGAGAAACAAAUAAUGAUUUCGAGUUAUCAAAGCAUAUGACCUGCUGAAUUCCUGACACUUCUGACCUCUUAUCUACAGGUAGAUGGGGUAUAGAUCAUUAUAUUUUAACUGCAUAUUUUUAGUUUCUCACCAUAAGCAGCUUUCAACCACAGCACAAAGUGUCUGUUCUAUAGUCUGAACUCUGAGACUCUUGGGAAACUCAAGGGAUGAUUUCUAAGAAUAAAAUAUUACUUCUACUAGAUUACAUUUCAACAGCCCUUUCUUAUUUUACUGCAAUGCAUUUUACAGUAGUGCGUGACUUCCACUUGAAUUAAAGGUGACAAAGUAACAGUACUUUUGCUUGAGGAGGGUACUAAACUAUCUUCUUCACCAGUGCUGUUUAUAAACAUUCACAUGCAUGCAUCUCUCAGUGACUUGUUUUUCCUGUCUCUGGUUUACAACAUUAAUAAUCCCCAUAUGCUCUGAAUUAUCACCAUUUCCUCCACUGUUAAGCUCCACAGAUGUUUUUAUUAACGCGUUUUGAUCCUAAGUACAUAGGUGGGGGAGUGGAUCGGAAAAGGAGAUCUGUUGGAAUUAGAAGCAUAUGCUUAUCAGCGUGAUUUGCACAGUAAAGCCACUUUGAUCUGUGAUUAGUGAAAGUUUAGCUGUGGAUUCAUAUUAAAAUUUAAGCAGCCAGAGGCUGAACAGCACAUGAAUGUAUCUGCAUUUCAGGUCAGGAUGCGUGGGUCUCUGUUCUCAACAAUAAACUGUAACAAUAUAAGUUAGUUUGAAUAACUUAAGAUGCUUUUCCAUUCUUUUUCAU